AUGAAGACGUGCUCCAAGCAGCGGCCGCUCGCGCACGAGGCGACCAUCUACCCGAGCCGCCUCCAGCCCGGCGCCUCGCUCGACUUGGACUGCGGCGGCCUCUUUCUGCAGACGGGCGACAUUGACCGGCAAGCGUUCGCGGCGCCGAUCCACUUUGCCGUCGCGCGUGGCCAUGACGAGGUCGUGCUGCGGGCACUGGCCUGUCGCCCGCAGCAGCUCUCAGUCGAGCUCAUUGCGUGCACCUUAGCCCACGGUCACACCGACGUGGCUAAGAUCUGGCUUGCGAAGAAGGACCGCUUGGAUCCGACCUACCGGUACGUAUCCCGGUCGCGGACGACCUCGGUCGAGGCGCGUGUGGUGGCGCGGGAUGCCCCCGAGCUCCUUGUGCUGCUAAAGGUCUUUGCGCCCAAGGUCAACAGGGUCAACGCACUCGCGAGCGCGAUCCAAGCCCGCGCGGCGAGCGCCGCCAUCACACCAUGGGUCGGCGGCGGUGAAAGCCACGACCAUGGACGCUGUGCGCAGGGCCUUCUCGCACUGGCCAUGCAGAUGCAUCAUGACGGCCAGCGCUGCACCUCCAACGCGAUGAGCGGCGCAGCCAUCAACACAGACACCUCAGUCGCUUCCUCAUUGAGCACCGCUGCGCAAGGGCAACGCGACGUACUAGCCUAUCUGAUGACCCAUCUGGACGACGCUGCAGAUUCUUUGUGCCCGGCGCGCGUCUCGCUGCCGACCCUUGCCUCGGCACUCGACGGUGGCCAUGUCGACUUUGUCGCGACCCUCUUGCGGACCGUGUGGUCCCACGGGUCGGUCGCGCUCGUCCAGCUGCUCGACGACUAUAUCACAAGCCUUUCGCUACCGCCGCCGCGCCGCGCCCACGAACCGACCUAG